AUGUCUGUGGUGUCUCCCACGUCGUACCACACCUUCUUCCACAAGGUGCUCAUCAAACGACUCAAGUAUGUCAACAACAUCAACAUCCUUCUUGCCAUCGCCAUCUCCAUAGCGCUUAGAGUCCCCUACGGCUCGUUCUGGUGGAACCUCUUGUUGACGGUUUUCAGGGCGCCUGUACUCUACGCUGGGCUUCUCGUCGUCAAACAGUCGCGUGUACGUCUCUCGACUGUGGACAUUGCUCCCUACAAAUCGUUGGCAUCCCAGGUCUACCACAGCGUGUGCUCAGGAGUCUACCUCCAGUACGCCAGCUUCUACGUGGUGUCGGUGGCGUUUUUCACGGGUGUUUUCGUGUCCCAGCUGCCCCACAAGCUCGAGUACUACUUGCACUCCAAGGAGUACCGCCAAUCGCCGUUGGUCAACGACAAAUGGGUCUACACCCUCUUCUUCCACCCCGCGUACUUGGCAGCAUUUUACCUGGCCCACCACUUGGUGUUCCAGCGCAACCGCUUGGUGUUCAAGUACGGGUCCCAGAAGCUGUCGCCUGACGACACCUUGCUCGCCAAGGUGCCCCUCUUGUUAUUGAACGCGUUGGUGUUGACGGUGUUCGUGGCAGGCUCUUCGCCAUUGUUGUGGCUCGUGGUGCGUUCCUUGUGCUACAAGGCCAACUACCUCACCCUCCUCGUGGCUGGCUUGGACACCCAGGUGCCUGGCUACGGGGUCACGGUAUCCACGGUGUUGUCGCUGGCGUUCUUCUCCUACCAGGUAUUAUUGGCAUGGGAACUCGUCAACCAUGCGUUCAAUGUCUACUCCACCAUUGGGUGCUUGGAUGGCAAGAAGCCCAUCAGUACCUACAGUGCCGAUCCGUUGAACACGUUGUUGAACGGCUUACGCAACGUCAACGAGCCAUUGAGCCGCCUCAGCGCCUUCCAGGAAUUGGCCUACGUCGCCACUUCCAACGACCCCGAAGCCGUUAAGUUGAGAGCCGCAAUCUAUAGUGCCAGGUCCAAGAAGGGGUACAUCUUGACCUCCAUCCUCGAGGAAUGCUCGUUGGUCAUCAGAGAAACCACCUUGAGAGUCAGUUACAGAUCGUCCAGUGAUAUCAAGGCGUUGAAAUCGGAGGUUCCUAAGGACGAUGCUCGUGACGACAGCGAUAUCUUUGGCAAUUCAUUUGUUUCCGCAGCAGGAACGCCCCAAAAAUCAAAUUCCAUCAAGAAGUACCCCCAGACCCACAAACAAUCUUCCUACAAACAAGCUCGAUGGUACGUGAUUCUCGAAAACCAGGUUUUGGUACCCACCACUCCAAAGUCCACAUUCGUGGCUAAGGUGUACCAAGCAUACAGGUCGAUCGAUCAAAUCUACAAUGUCUACAAUGGGAAGUUCCUCGCCACAAACCUUGGUGUUCUUUUCAGAACAACCUUGAAGAGAGACACCGGCUCCAGAAUCGGAAACCCGGUGAAUUUCGGCAAUGCCAUUAUCUCAGUGUCUAAUUUAUUGAUCCAUUCGAUCGAAGAGGAUAAAAUUGGAUGCGUCACAAACACUCAUAUACGGGACGUGAUGGAAUUAUUGGAGAAGCCAAUCAGAGCCACCGGAGAUUAUACUGACACUGUUCCCGCGUCAGUGUUUUUGACUGAAGUCCAAAAGACUAACAAGAAGAUUCUCAAUAAUCAUUUGAUUGCAGUAUUGCAUGAUUUGGCCAUGCACGAGUUCUUUCAAUUAUGUGUGAAAUUCAACUAUAAAUUGAAUGACAUGGUAUUGAACCCCAAGACCUAUAAGUUGGCCAAGUGGGUCAUUGACGUUGCCAUCGCUCAGCAGCAACAGAACCAACAACAAACCCAAAAGACGGCGAUCCGCUAG